GACGUGUCAAGGUAGACCGACGUCUUCUAAGCCAAGCCACGUCACUGGCGAAAUGCACGAGACGCACGAUAAAGACAGAGUAAAGACAAACAACAUCAAGAAGCCGUACAUGAUGGUGGUCAGGGGCACUCCAAUUGCGGGGUACUUCCAUCCCAAGUACAUCGAGUCUGCCAUGGACUACAUACACCGCAAGGGUGAUCUCUUCAUAGUCACCUACGUCAAGUGCGGUACUACGUGGAUGCAGCACAUCGUGUACCUCAUCCAAAACGAUGGCGUGCCUCCAGCUAACGCCAUAGAGUUCUACAGGGCUUCGCCGUUCAUCGAGGUCUGUGGAGCUGAAUGCAUGCAGUGGGUCAAGAAACCCGGUGCCGUCAAGACCCACCUACCUUUGCACCAGAUCCGCUACUCUCCCGAGGCUAAGUACAUCGUCGUUAUCAGGAACCCAUUCGACGUCGUGGUGUCGAUGCACCACUUCUGGUUCAUGAUAUCCGCCUACGGGUACGAGGGUAGCUUCGACGACUCCUUCGAGAACUUCAUGAACAAUUACAUAGAGAGCGGAGACUACUUCGCCUUUUACAGAGACUGGUACGAACGCAGCUCUGAUCCAAACGUGCUCUUCGUUGUCUACGAGGACAUGAAGAAGGAUCCCGAGGCUGCCAUACUCAAGGUCGCGAGGUUCCUCGGACUUGAGUACGAGCGACGCCUGUUGGCCAAUGACGGCAAGGUUCUCAAAGACGUGCUCAAGUACAGCAGCGUCGAGGAGAUGAAGAAGUACACCAAUGACAUGAUCCACGACUUCUACGCGACCGAUUUCGCGUUUAAGGGAGCAGAAUACGGAGGUCUACGUAAACUACACGAAGUCGUGCACAACGCGCGCGGUCGCGAGGACGGGUCUUCCGCCUCCGCGGACAAGAUAUACUACGUCCGCAAAGGCGUAGUCGGAGACUGGAAGAACUACUUCUCUCCGGAACAGGUGAAGAGGCUGAAGGAGAGAUUUCAAAAUGAAACGCGGUACUCCGGGAUCGCUAAAUUGUGGCCCGAUAUGGGAUUCCAUGAGUGAAAAGCAGGACAGAGCUGCGUCUAGUCAAAAGUUGAUCAUACAGUAAGGUACCCUGUUUCAGCGUCACGUCUUUCGCG